UCUAAAGUCCAUGUCAUCUGAACUUUGAUUUCUGGGUCCAUUUCCAUCCCUCUUUCUUUAGCAUAUUUUCAGGCCAUGAGUGAGAGACUGUUACUCAGGGCUAUGAAGGGUGAAAAAGCCACAACUGUUGUGCUUCGUGGGAAGAACCUUACGAAGGUGCCCACUUUGGUGAGGAAACUGUAUCAUCUCAAGACUUUGGACCUCAUGUCCAAUCAAAUCUCCAAACUCUGCCCAGAAUUAAUCAGCUUGACUCAGUUGAAAAAGUUAAAUUUGGGAAACAAUAAGCUAGAAGAAGUUCCAGAAGAGCUGAUGUACCUUAAAAACCUGGAAAUCCUCCAUUUAUUUAAAAAUUUAAUAAAGUCAUUUUCACCUAAAUCAUUUGAUGGCCUAGAGAAUUUGAACAUUUUGAAUAUGAACCACAAUAUGCUUAAAGAGAUUCCCCCAGAAAUAAACAGAUUACAGAAUCUUAGAAACCUGAGUCUAAACAACAAUCAGCUAACUGGUAUUCCUAAGGAACUUUGUACCCUGCCUUAUCUUUCUGAACUUCAUUUAAACUACAAUCAAAUUGUUUCCAUCCCUGAAGAAUUUCAAACUAUGAAGAAUCUUGAGAAGCUGUCAUUGGCAAGAAACCUCAUUGAAGUAUUCCCAGUGGUGCUCUGCUCAAUGAGCAAUUUAAAAAUACUAGACAUAGCUGGAAACCUUAUUCAAUUACUUCCAAGAAAAAUUCGACGGAUGAAACUGGGAGGAUUCUACUGUGAAGAAAAUCCAUUUCUGAAGAAAUUGCCAAUGUUUAUUGAGGAGAGAUUGGAAGUUUUGCCUCUGAAGGAAAUUGCAGCAAGAUUUAUUAUGAAUGAGCUAAGUGAGGACGAUCCAUUGUAUCAGCAAACUGUGGCACGUUUCCCCAAAAUCUUGGAAAUACUUGCUAACGACAAAGAGUGUAUGUUAUGUGGAAAAUACAUUCUAUCCUCAGGGAUAGCUGGUGUAAUUUUUAUGCCUCCAAUGAAGAAUUGGAAGACAAGUACUGAUAUAAAGGAACUACCCCAUGAAACUGUAAUAUGCUCCCAAAGUUGCUUUAAAGAACGAACUCCUGAUAUCUUUCAACUUCGGAAAACAUAAUAAGAGGCAGGCAAAUCAUUAAAGACAUCUAUCAAGUUGCCUUCUCUGUUUACAUCCUCAGAUGAUUUACUUCUUAA